AUCUGCACUUCGGCGACUUCUCGGUGGACUUCUCAUGGGAGGCGCCGGCGCGAGCGAGGCUGAACGGCCCAAGUGGACCACGAUCCACGGGCGGCACGUCGAUGUGUCAAAGUUCCGCCACCCGGGUGGGAACAUCAUCGAGCUCUUCUAUGGCAUGGACUCGACGAGCGCGUUCGAGCAGUUCCACGGCCACCACAAGGGCGCGUGGAAGAUGCUCAAGGCGCUGCCGACCAAGGAGGUCGACCCCGCCGACGUGCCGCAGCAGCCGCAGGAGCACGUUGCCGAGAUGACGCGGCUGAUGACGUCGUGGCGCGAGCGCGGCCUCUUUAAGCCGCGCCCCGUCGCCUCGGGCAUCUACGGUCUCGCCGUCGUCGCUGCCAUCGUCGCGUGCAUCGCCUGCGCGCCGCACGCGCCGGUGCUGAGCGGGAUCGGGCUCGGCAGCUGCUGGGCGCAGUGCGGCUUCCUGCAGCACAUGGGCGGGCACCGCGAGUGGGGGGUGCGGUACUCCUUCCUCCUGCAGCACUUCUUCGAGGGCCUCCUCAAGGGCGGGUCCGCCUCGUGGUGGCGCAACCGCCACAACAAGCAUCACGCAAAGACUAACGUGCUCGGCGAGGACGGCGACCUGCGGACGACUCCCUUCUUCGCCUGGGACCCGACGCUCGCCAAGAAGGUUCCAGACUGGUCGCUCAAGACGCAGGCCUUCACCUUCCUCCCCGCCCUCGGAGCAUACGUCUUUGUCUUUGCCUUCACGAUCCGCAAGUAUGCCGUCGCCUGUCAUCCUCCCUCACCUUCAGGCAUCUACCUCGGCUUCUUCUUCGGCCUGUCCCACUUCGCGGUCGAGCGAGUCCCCUCCACCGCCACCUGGCUCGAGUCGUCCAUGAUCGGCACCGUCGACUGGGGAGGCUCCUCCGCCUUUUGCGGCUACGCGAGCGCGGAGAAGCUCGGGCUUCCCUAUCGCGAGCUCUCCUUCGCCGGCGCGGUCAAGCUGAUGAUGGUCGGCCUCUGGCGCACGGGGAGGGACGAGCUGCAGCUGCGCUCCGACAGGCGCAAGUACUCGCGCACCCAGGCCUACAUGGCGGCCGCCUCGGCGGUGGUGGAGAACCUCAAGGCGGACUAGCCGCCUCCGUUUGCCUCAGUCUCCGCAGCCCGCACCCGCAGGGGGGCGCGGAUUCUCGCGAGGUUUGCUAGUGAGAGUGGUCUACGAGGGCGGUCCCGGUCGUCCAAGCAUGCGACAAGCGCGCCGUGAGAGUAUAGAGUACCGAUGGCUGCGGUCAGCUGAGAGUCCGCAGCUUUGCGAGCUUGAGAGUCAUGUAUGGGCGGUCGCGGCAGAAUUGUCUCGUUAUUUACAGAAUAGAAAUCACAGCAAAA